UGUUUAAAACCACUGCGUUAUCGUGGCAACUGAGGCGGAUAUUCAACUAGCCGAGGAUUUUAAAAAAUUGAAACUAUCUGACCUUCUUAGGCAAUUAAAGCACUUUUUAAAUAUGGCAACUGCUACAAAACCGGAUAUUAAAGGGACUUAUCCUAGUUGGUUUGAAAAUCUACAUGCUGAAGGGAGAGCAGCUGAAGACUCAAGAAAUCUGUCCUAUGAUCAUAGACAGUUAGUCAGAGCAACACGUAUUGAAACGGAUAUUAAGACAAAAUAUGAUCAAUUAGAUACAAAUAAUCGUCUAUCUGAUCGUAUUUGGACUGUACGUCAAUGGCGCGAUGAAUUGAUCAAUCAGUUGAAUCGACUUAAAGAACGUAUGACACAUUUACGGGAUGCUAAACACGUGACAGAAGAAUUUAUAGUUAAACUGAAUGACACACUGGGUGUUAAUACAGAAUCAUUGACAAAUUUAGAUCGUAGACGAAAUGGUGAAAAUAUUGAUGAUCCAGUGUUUCAGGAAUUGAAUAAAGAACGUGCUUUACUGAUAGAUUUAAAAAAAGAUCUUCAAUUACAAAUUGAUGACGCAUUUCAUAUGCUCAAUGAAAUGAGUAAUGCAGCCAAGGCCUUUUAUUCAGAUAUUGCUAAUAAAAAUGAUGCAAUGCAUAUUGAUAUUGAUGCAUACAAUAUGAAUGAAAAGUCAUCUGGUGUUGGUUACAAACCAUUUUAUGAUCGAUUACCAGAGAAUUCAUUAGAUUUACAAACAUGGGAGGAUAUUAGUCGUAAAACAUUGGACAAUGCUAAAGCAGCUAUUCUUAAAGGUGGUGAUCUAUUGCAUAAAUUACAUAAUGGUUUACAUAUGGCAAUGAAUCGUAUGGCUAAUCAAGCUGAUCAAGUCAAUGGUGUAUUACGCAUGAGAAUACAUGAUACUCUAAGAGCAUUACGUGAAGUAGAAUAUCAACUUAAGGCUACUGAAAAAGAAAGAGAUGAACACUUAAAAGAUAUACGCAAUUUAGAAGAUACUAUCCGGGCUAAAAAAGCUAGUUUAAAGUUAGCUGAAACUCGACUGGAGAAACGUCAUGAUAGACAAGGGAAUGAAAAUAUUAAAGAUGCUCCAUACAUUGGUCUACUGGAAGAAGUAUCAGCAUUACGUGAUAGUAUAGAUGUAUUAGAAGAGAAACUAGCUAAAUCAAGAAAUAUAUUACAUAACUUAGAAGAACAAAUUGCGCAACUAUGUCAUGAUGCCCAGAGAAAACGUCAAGCAUUACAAAUCUAUGAAGAAAUCCAGAAUAUACGUAAACGUUUAGAGUAUCCACCAACGGCUAGUUCUCCACCGUGUCCAAUGAUACCAGCUGGAAUUAUUCGUGAACCGACUAUCUUCUAGUUUAGUUUGUUUGGUUUUUCCUUUUAUCCAACCAUGACAUCAUCAGUUCUAUUCAAUCGGUAUUUUAGAAAUCUUUUGAUGAAUUUUAAUCUUUGACGGAUGUUAUUAUUAUUAUUUUAAUUUAAUUCUUAUUCUUUGGUGUAGUUAACUUCUUUAUUACUUUUUAUUUAAUUAUUUAUUUCAUUUAUUUUUUAUUUUAAAAAGUAAUGAUGUAUUAACUUCCUAUAUCUCUGUUUUUCUAUCCAUGUGUGAUCGACACAGCGAGAGAGAGAGAGAGAGAGCGGUAGAUAGAGUAAGCAAGGGAACCUUCUUUUACGGUACUCCUAAAUUAUCUGUGAUAUUUCCUGACCAAAUAAUGACAGAAAUGACAAAGAUGGAAGUGUCAAUCCCUCUCAUGACUUCGUCCUCAUUCACGCAUUCACUCACUUACUGUGUAGUCACUAUUUGUUCACCCUCUCUAUUAUUCUUUUCAAGCAAAUAGUGUCAAUGUUGUCAUUAUUGUUAAAUAUAAUAAUUACUUUGUGAUUCAACCAACUGAUCUCACUAGAUAUGUCUUUCGAAAAAGUAAUAUUUAUGCAUAUGCAACUGUAAAUCUUUUAGCUGACUGUUGUCAUUAUAAAAUAUAGUUAAUAAAUAAACUAUUUGUGUGUGUUCAAUGUUCAAUGGUACAUUUAAAUGUACAUUGAAC